AUGGGGGAAAAGAAAGAAGACGACGACGUAGCGCGUGUGCGCGAGCCCAGCGUGGAACGAGGGGAUGUUAGUGCGGCGAAGCAGAUGCAAGAUAUCGGUGCGGAUUUGUAUCUUCAAGUUCAGCGGUAUUCGCGGGAGGAGUUGGAGGCGGAGAGGAAGGUUGUGCUAAGGAAGAUUGAUUGGGUUAUUAUGCCCAUGAUUUGCAUGACAUAUAUGAUUCAAUUCCUUGACAAACUCAGUCUCAACUAUGCAAACGCCUACACGCUAACUCCGGACCUCGACCUCCAUGGUAACCGCUACAGCUGGGUCGCUGCGAUUUUCAACUUUGGAUACUUGUUCUGGGCGCUGCCUGCAAAUUAUCUGAUUCAGCGUCUUCCCGUCUCGAAAUACACGGGGUCCAUGAUCUUGGUUUGGUCGUUACUGCUGUGCUGUCAUGUUGCGGCAAAAAACUACGCAGGGAUGCUCGCCUUACGCUUCCUGCUGGGAAUGUUCGAAGCGUCGAUUAGCCCCGCGAUUAUGAAUAUAGUGAGUAUGUUUUACACGCGCGCCGAGCAACCGCUUCGCAUGUGUGUUUUUCUGGCUUUCAACGGUAUAGCGACCAUGGUUGGCGCCUUACUCGGGUACGGUCUGGGACACGCGCACUCCCCGCAUAUCAAGACGUGGCAGCUUAUUUUCUUGGUGAUUGGGCUGAUGAAUUUCGUCUGGUCGUUUGUUUUUCUGGCGGUUAUGCCGGAUAGUCCUGCCACGGCCAAGUUCUUGACGCAUAAGGAGAGGAUUGUGGCGAUUGAUCGCGUGGCGGGGAAUAUGAUUGGGGUUAAGACGAAGAAGUUUCACAUGAAGCAGGCAGUAGAGGCGGUGCUUGAUUUCAAGGUGCUGUGUAUUGCGUUGAUUGGGUUGGGGUGCGGUGUUAUUAAUGGGGGUGUGUCGAAUUUCUCGUCGUCGCUCCUGAAGGGGUUUGGGUUCAGUGGCAUUUAUGCCACUUUGCUGCAACUUCCCACUGGCGCCAUCGAGUUCGUUAUCGUGCCGCUGUGCGGACUGGCGGCGGGAUAUUUCAGGAAUACGCGAUGUCUUAUCCUGGCUAUUGUUUGUCUGCCGCCGCUGGGAGGACUUCUGGGGAUUCGACUUACGCCGCUGUCUCAGCGAUGGAGCCUCGUCGGAUGCACGUGGUUGCAGUACCUUAUUGGUGCUCCCGUCAUUCUAUCGUGGAAUCUUCUCACGACGAAUAUCGCGGGUCACACGAAGCGCAGCACGGCCAACGGAAUGUGGUUUGUGUUUUACGCCGCGGGGAAUAUCGCCGGAGCGAACCUCUUCCUUGCACGGGAGGCACCGAGGUAUUUUUCAGCCCUUACGGGUCUGAUUGUGUGUUAUUGCGCCAUGAUACUUGUGGCGGGCGUACUGGCCGCGUGGAUGACAUGGCAGAACAAGAAGAAGGAUCGCCUGUGGGGGACUGGCGAGGAUGAACAGGCGGUUAUAGAUGGGUUCAGUGACUUGACGGAUAUCCAGGCGAAGCAUUUUAGGUAUGCUAUUUAG